UUGUCGUCUUUCGUGACGUAACCCGCUGUUUCGAUCAAACCGACGUUAAGGUUAGACCGUGCGCAGGAGCAAAGUAAAUAAAAUAUAAAAAUUGUUAAAACGAAUUUACUCUUUUAUACAAAGUAAAUACUUCAAAUUGUAAGUGUGUUAAAGUUUCCUUUGUGUGUGUUCCAAGUGUUACGUGAAAUAAGUUAAUGUUCUAUUUAUUUUGUGUUUAAACACAUUAUAUUCUAUAUUUAACACCAUAAGAACCCGAAAAGACGGAAUAUGUCUAGGAAAUUUUUAUUCUGUUUUCCACUUCGACUGGGAAACAUCGUGUUUGGAUACAUCGUGAUUAUCUUCGGUUUAACCUUACUACUCUUCGAAAUAUACCAGCUAUAUGUGGUUCUUUUGGGUAAUAAUAAUUUACCGGAAUAUGUGAACCACACGGACUCGCGAAGCUAUGAAACUGAAAAUUACAUUAUGGUUUUAUCAUAUUUUGUAACAUAUGCAACUAUUGGAUUCCUGUUAUCACUGUUUGCAACAAUAUUUACAAUCGGUGCUUACAAGUUGAGGUUUAGAGCUAUCAAGACUUUCUUCGUGUACAGCUUCAUCCAUAUCUUCUUCACUAUUGUUAUGAUCGCGUGGGAGACAUUAAAUAAAAAUUGGUUGAUGCUUGGCGUGCUAGCUGUAUCAGAUGUGAUCUUGAUAGCGUCGUUAUUCGGCGUUAAAUAUUUCAUAGAUGCUGUGAAAAGCGGCAGAGUCUACCAUCGCCCAGAAACUGGAAGAUAUUGAUAUAAUUUAAAAUAUUUGAACCUUCUUUCAAGGGCCGCUUAGCGCUAUACCCUUAACCACACAGAGCUUGACCUUAUGUCAUAGUCUUUUGUAAAUGUAUAGGGUGCUCUGAACUGGGCACACGAUCCCUGAAUGUCCCAGGAAGACGGAGUAAACUAUACAUAAAAUAUAUAAAUUUACUGAUUUAAUAAUUUGAUUUUGAUAGUUCUGUAUUAAAAAAUCUUAUUACCACUUGCAUUAGAAUUUUUUUAAUGUACUAAUAUAUUAUUUAAUAAUUGCCUGAAAUUAUGUAUG